AUGCUACGCGACGGCCAAUGCCAAUCCUAUGCCAAUGACUCAGCCAAUGCCUACGACAAUGUCUACGCCAAUGCCUAUGGCAAUUCCUAUGCCAAUGCCAAGUCCUAUGCCAAUGCCAAUGCCAAUGCCUAUGCCAAUGCCAAUGCCUAUGCCAAUGCCAAUGCCAAUGCCAAUGCCUAUGCCAGUGCCAGUGCCAGUGCCAGUGCCAAUGCCAGUGCCAGUGCCAGUGCCAGUGCCAGUGCCAGUGCCUAUGCCAGUGCCAGUGCCUAUGCCAGUGCCAGUGCCUAUGCCAGUGCCUAUGCCAGUGCCAGUGCCUAUGCCAGUGCCAGUGCCUAUGCCAGUGCCAAUGCCUAUGCCAGUGCCUAUGCCAAUGCCAGUGCCUAUGCCAAUGCCAGUGCCUAUGCCAAUGCCAGUGCCUAUGCCAAUGCCAGUGCCUAUGCCAAUGCCAGUGCCUAUGCCAAUGCCAGUGCCUAUGCCAAUGCCAGUGCCUAUGCCAAUGCCAAUGACUAUGCCAAUGACUAUGCCAAUGACUAUGCCAAUGACUAUGCCAAUGACUAUGCCAAUGACUAUGCCAAUGACUAUGCCAAUGCCAGUGCCUAUGCCAGUGCCUAUGCCAGUGCCUAUGCCAGUGACUAUGUUAGUGCCUAUGAAUAA